AUGUCUCGUCGCUCCCAACGAAGGAGCACUGAAAGUGGAACGUUAGGAGGUGCCAGGCCUCGCGGGCGGGGCGUGCUGCCUCGGCCGCGGGCGGACAGCAGUGAUAUUACUAGAGCUAUUCCAUGUGGGUACCCGAGUUCAGUUCACAGCAGCAGCAGUGCGGGGUGAAGACAAUGUGUCUGCCUCUCUCGAUCGAGCCCCCCAGUUCACGCCCAGCUCGUACAGCAGUCACCGAUGAGCCCUGAUGUGUGUUGUUCUGCUGUUACAUACCGAAGGUUUGUGUGAGCAAGGGAGUGGCGUGUGGAUGCGACCAUGUGUACUCGAGUGCAUGUGGGAGAUACCGGUAGGGUGUGUGGAGAACGGGAGACGGUGGUUGUCAGCGGUCUCUUCGCCCAGUUAAGAAAAAAAGACCCUCGGAAGAUCCAGGGAAAACCCAGUCACAAAAGGGUUCAGAAGGCAUGUCACGAUUGGGCGCUCACCUCCACGCCCCUACGCAGGCAACCUGUUUUCAUCCACGGAGCCCCUUCACGAUUCCAUGAUAUCGACAUUCAGGCCCCGACCUGUUAUGCAUGCUUAUAUUUACGCAUAACUGGGCCUUUCGUGCAUAAGCAAAAGCAUAAGUUGGAGCGCGCAUAUAUAUACAUAUAUUUUAUGCAUAAAAGUGUGCAUAACAGGGGUUAUUGUGCAUGUAGCGGUGAAUAUGCACGAGUGAGAUGGGGGUAAGGGGUGGCUCAGACGCUCAGACAGCUCAUUGUAACCAAAACCGAGCUUUUUUAUCCCCUUCAAAGCCUCUUGGUUUUUAACUCUUUAGUUUCAAGUCCACAGAUCAGACAACAAAUUG